AUGGCGUGCUCGUACCACCGACGUCUAUACGCCGGGACGUGCUCGGAGGCGCCCUGUUGUACGAGGCGCCCCGGCGACAUCAUUUUGGCGACGUAUCCGAAGAGCGGAACGACCUGGACCCAGUACACCCUGCGGUUCCUACUGAACCUGGACAACGGCAAGUUGCCGGACGUGCCAACGUUCGCCGACCUCUUGACCAGGUGUUGCCCCUUCCUAGAACUGGUCGGUCGAAAGGUUGUCGAAGCCACCCCAGCCCCCCGUGUGAUCAAGACUCACUUUAGUUCCACGAUGACGCCAUACCAUCCAAAAGCCAAGUACGUCAUCAUCGUACGCAACCCUUUCGACUGCGUCGUCUCCUUCUACCACCACUGCAUGGGAGACCGGAUCAACCUGAGGAUGCGCGCGGACACGAAGUUCGACGAGUUCUCUGAAGACUUCAUGGACGGCUACAACUUCAAGAGCGACCCUAAGAAAACGGUGCUCGCGCUGGCCAAGUUCGUCGACGCGUCCGUCUGGCAGAAGUUGCGCGCCAAUAAGGCACUCUUGAAAGUUUUGCUGGAACGCAUCUCUUUUGCCAACCUCAAGUCGGACGUCAAGAUGGAUGUUGACAUCCAUCAUACGUUGGUCGAUCGCAACCAUCACGAGGAAAAAAGCGAUGCAAAAGAAAUUGACGAGAAAAGAACCGGCAAGAGUCUACCACACAAAAGUUUCGAUGACGCAGACGACCCUGCCAGAAACACGGAGACGCCCGAGGAAGAAGCAAUGGUGGCCUUUGCCAACUUUUUCCGCAAGGGUGAAGUAGGAGACUGGAAACGCUACCUGAAUCCGGAACAAGAGAAGCGCCUUCGGGCGGUGUACGAAAAGCGCAAGCGCGGGACAGAAAUGUGGGACGCUUGGAAGGAUUACCUGGGUUACAAAGAUGCCAGCGCUCGUGCAAAUAAAGGAUCUUAA